AUGGGUGACAGCUUAAACGAACGGAUAGAUAAUUUACGUAAACGAAGCAAACUUUUAUUAGCACAAAUAGAUAAGAAUUCUAAAAAAGUGAAAGACGAAUUUAAAAAGUUUAAUUCCCAAAAUUUGAUAUUAAAAGAAAAUUCUAGAAAUCAUGGUAAAAUAAAUUUACCACAUUCAUUAAUAAAGAAGGAUAACAAGUCAUGGAAAUUACGAAAUGAUUCAUCUGGAGUUGGUGGAGCCUUGCGUUCAGAUUGUUUUUGUAACAGUCCUAAUCAGACAUCUGCAUCAAUGUCUAAUACAUCAACAGCAAAGAAGAUAUUAACAUCUUCCAAAAAGCAUUUUGAAAAUCAGUCUUCUUUGGAAAACAUUUACAGAAAACCAGUGAAAGAAUGUUACUGUAAUACUGAAAUUAGAAAAGCACAACAUAAAUCAACAAGAACACAACAUAGACCACGUUCUCCUUGUAAAAAAUGUAGAAGUCAUAUCAAUUUUCCUGCCAUAACAAUAGAAGAUAAUUUUGAAAAGUCAACUUUAAGUUCACCUAUUAGUUGUGAAACUUUAAGAAGAGUUCAAAAGAUAGAUUAUGCACCCAAAUCUCAAUUUUUGCGCAAUGUUACAAGCAGAGUUUCUUUGCUGCAAGCAGCAACAGGUGACUGUCCAGACACAUGUUUCAGAUCACAAUGUUAUCAUGAAAUGAUGGCCAAAAAGAAUGUACAUGAUGUUGGUUCUAUACAUCAGUUGAAAGUUGAUAAAAGGUUAGAAGCUAAUCAUCAUUCAGCAACAUCUACUCUCACAAAGUCAAAAAUCAGUGAAAAAUAUUCAAGUUCUGGAAAUGAAAGUGUAGAAAAAUGUAGCAAAGGAAUUCAAGUAUCUUUGAAAAAGCACUCAAAACCAAAAGUAGUUAGAAGAACCCUUUCUUCUAAAGCAUCUGUACCUGACAUUAAAAAGACUAAAUCUAGUUCAAAAGUAUUAACUAAGAGUAAAAAACCAGUAUCUAGCAAAGAAUGCCAGUGUUGCCAUAAAAAUAUGCCACAGCAAUCCAAAGCUGUUUCAGAGGAAGAGGAUUCAGAGAAGUAUAAAGAUUCAGUUUGUAUAAACAAAUUAGAAAACGAAAUUGGCAGAGAACAUGUCUUUGAUAGAGAAAUGAGAGAAUUAAAGAAAUUUCGCGAGCAAAACUAUUUUGAUACCCAUGGAUCCAGUCAUACCUUAUCAUCUAAAUCUUCUGGCUCUCUAGAACAAUAUUUAUUAAAUGACAGACUAUUUGCUGAGCCAACAAAACGAAUUCAUAAAAAAGACCUAGUCGUAACAAUGCCACCUUGUGUAACUACACAACUAAAACGGAUGCAUUAUUUCCCUAGAUAUAUUGUUCGCCAAGAGAAAAAUAAUCUCAACGUGAAUUACAAAAAGAAACGCUGUCAAACGUGUCCUCUGACUGGCCACGCGAUUGAUCUUGGUGUUACAAAAAUAAGACCGCCAUUAAACAGCUUAGCCCUUAAGUAUCAAAAACGAUUACCUUAA